UUUUCCAAUCUCUCUUUCUCUCUCCUCUGCUCUCUCUAAAAACUUCAUUGAAACCCAAAUUAAAGUCUCCUCUUCUCUUAGUUCAAAAAAAAAAAAAAAAAAAAAAAGUCUCCUCUUCUCUCCAACUGAAUAUCUCUUCGGAAACCCUAAUUUUCUUUUUCAUUUUCAGGUCAGAAAAACCCUGAAAAAGCUGCACCAUUACAUUCACAGCUUAUGCUUUAAUGGCAGUUUAGCUAUAAAACCACUACAACUCGCAGAAAAAGCUUUUUAUGCAACUCUUUCCAGCUAAUUAGUUUCUCCCUUCAUUUUUCUGGUAUCAGAUUCUGUUGUAAAUCGAAUUCAACCCACAUUUUUUUUUAAGGAACAGUUCAAAUACAAAAUCCGAUUCUCUUUGCUUUUUCAUCGCUUUUGACUGCGUGUUUAUAAUAUUAUAUAUAGAUAUAUAUAUACACUGGAAGAGGUAGGAGGAGUAGUACUGGAGAGGUUUCAGGUUUUUGGGGGUUCUUCUCUAAGAUGUUAGAGCUUGGUUUAGGCCGUGACUCAGACGGUGAUCAGCUUAGUUUGGAGACUGCCAAUUCAAGCCAAAGCUCAAUGAGCAGCGAGAGCUGUAGUAGUUUCAGUAGACAUUCCUUCGACGCCGCCGCCGCCGCCGCCGCAACAGUGGCGCCAAUCGAGCUUUCCACAUCACAAUCGCAAGAAGAGAACACCAACCGCAGUAUCUCACUAAAGCCACACAGAUCGUCGGACUUUGCCUACUCCGCCAUCCGUUCCGCUACGUUCGGACGAGAGUCUGGUCUCACGUUUCACGAUUUCAAUAUCCUCAAAAAAAUUGGGGCUGGCGACAUCGGCACUGUAUACCUAUGCAGACUGAGUAAUCAUAAUAAUAAUGACGAAGUUAAUUCCAAUCUUUCUUGUUAUUAUGCCAUGAAAGUUGUGGAUAAAGAGAUUUUAGCUGUGAAGAAGAAGGUUCACAGAGCAGAAAUGGAGAAAAAAAUCUUGAAAAUGCUCGACCAUCCGUUUCUUCCAACUCUUUACGCAGAGUUUGAAGCUUCACAUUUCUCUUGCAUAGUAAUGGAGUAUUGUUCCGGCGGUGAUUUGCAUUCUCUUCGACACAAACAACCUCACAAACGCUUCUCGCUCAACUCUGCAAGAUUCUACGCAGCUGAAGUUUUGGUAGCGUUAGAGUAUCUUCACAUGCUGGGAAUUAUAUACAGAGAUUUAAAACCAGAAAACGUAUUGGUCAGAUCGGACGGUCACAUUAUGCUUUCUGACUUUGACCUAUCUCUAUGCUCAGAUGCAAUCCCAGCCGUUGAAUCACCUGACUCAUCUCCACCCUACGUUCCCUCACCAUCAACAACUCCAUCCUACUCCCGCUCACACACGAGCACAACCUCCACGUCAUCAUCACUCUCACCAUUUGCUUGCUUCCCCAACCGUCUCUUCCGUUCGCGCCGAGUCCAAACACUCACGGCGGCUAACCGGCUCUUCGUAGCCGAGCCGGUAACUGCCAGGUCAUGCUCCUUCGUUGGUACACACGAGUACGUUUCACCCGAGGUGGCUUCCGGUAGGUCCCACGGCAACGCCGUGGACUGGUGGGCCUACGGUGUCUUCAUCUACGAAAUGAUCUACGGCCGUACACCAUUCGCGGCUCAAUCCAACGAACUCACGCUCUUAAACAUUGUCAAGACGCCACUCGCUUUCCCAACUCCGAUGCCUUCUUCCCCGCUUGAGCUUCACGCGCGGGAUUUGAUUUCCGGGUUGCUUGACAAGGACCCGACCCGGCGUCUUGGAGCGAAACGCGGAGCGGCUGAAGUUAAGAAGCACCCGUUCUUUAAGGGUCUUAAUUUGGCGUUGAUUAGGUCAUCGCCGCCGCCGGAGCUAGUGCCGGGACUUAGGAGGCAGAAAACGACGCCGUUUGAUUGUAAUAGUAAUAAUAAUAGUAAUAUUAACCGUAACAGUAAUGGAAUUUGUAGUAAACAUUCAUCUACUGCGUUUGAUUACUUCUGAGAUGUGAACGGCGGGAUUCGCGCCACGUGUCCAGUCAGCCCUGCCAGAUUUUGUCACUGGCAAAAUGACAGGUGUGUAUAUUCGAGCUGUCUCUGGGGUUUUGAUAUUUUGACUUAUAUUUACGUAAAUAUAUCUCGGAAUGUGAGAAAUGAGUUAAGAAAAAGAAGAGAAAAAAAAUAUUAGCUUUGUUAAUGUUUUCUUUUUAAUUUAGAGUUUCUGUCGUUGUAAUGGGAUUUUGGAUAAUUUUAGAUGAAAAAUAUUUGUGGGUAUAUUCCCCAUUAA